CACCACUCUGCGUGCACACAACAGCAGGUGGGGAGACUGCACGUGGCUGUGAAUGGACACUAAAGUUGGAUCCUGGGUUGUGGUUACCCCAGCUGGGCACUGUGGGGGAGGCAGGGGGUCCCCAGCAGGGGAGACAUGGCUCUGGGAUGGGACCUUGCCAGAGUACAUGGGGCAAACAGGGGUGUGCAUCCGGCCAUGGGGCAUUGGGGUCUCUGUGUGGGGGAUUAGAUGAACAGGCAGUGGGGCAGGAUGUAGCCGUGUGCCUGGCACAGCAGGGUGGCUGUCCCUAGAUGGUGCUGCUUGGGGCCAGGGGACCUGUGUUACAUCCUGGGAGGUGGCAGUAGUUGGGACCCUAUCCAGCUCUGCAGGAUGCAGUGGGGAGCAGGGUCCUACCCUAGCAGUUUCUGGAAAAUCCAGAGCCAGGAGCUGGGGUGCACAGCUUUUCCACCAGUGUGCCAGGAGCAGUCUGGGCACUGCUAGGCCAUGCAGAGGGGCUGUCACGAGGCCAAAGCCCAAAGUGCUUUCCCUUGUAACUGCACCAGUAAAGCUGGAGCACCUGAGGAGGGGUGCUGGGAACUUGGCUUCAGCCAUGAUGUGUCUCUGUCUGUGCUGGGGGAUCUCACUGUGCUGGAGGUGUGGGGGCAUUGGAGCCCACUGUGACAUCCCACCCUUAAGGAGAAGGGAGCACUGUCUUCACCUUCCCAUGUGAUAGCAGCUGUCACAUACUGCACCCACAACUGGCUUGAACACAACCAGGAUCCAAAGAGUGUUUCAGUUGAGUGCUAGCCAUUUAUUGUUGAUGAGAAUCAACUGGAAUCUGAAUGUAUGGGCCAUUAUUGUGUAUGCACUGAUAGGAUUCCAAUUGCUGGAUUUCAAUGUCUCCUGGCUUACGGCCAAAAUUCUCUUGCAAAUCAGCCACCUGAAUUGGAUCAAAUGGGAUAAUUAUUUGUGUGUGAUUUUCCUUUCCACCCUGAGGUCUAGUAGAUCCGGGGGAGUUGAAAGAGAUAAGGAAUCAUCUUCUGAAGGAUAACCCAGGAAGGCAGAGAGGGAAGUGCCCCCUCUUUGCAGCACCCUCAGCCAGUCUUGGCCAGUCUGGUCCCCAGGACAUGCAGGGACACUGCAGGACAACACAGUGCUCAUGAAGCUGUGGGGGCAGGGAAGCAGAGCCCACUCCAAAAUUGUCCCAUGCCCCAGCUGCUGGCACUUGGAACCUCCUUCACGUCCUGUGUGCUCAGUAGCUGAGCCAGCUCUUGUUAACCUUUACAGCUUGGGUGUGGUGGGAGGGUGGAGGUGCCAGGGCUCCUGGGCACCAGAGCACAUGGAAUCCUGAGGUACAGCUGGGUAGCAGAGCUGUCCCUGGAGCUCCACAACCUCAUGGCACUCAUUAAAGGGGCUAUAGAUGUAGGGGAGAAGUGCAGACAGGUGGGAGAAGAGGUGAUGCUGGACUCCAUUCUUGACCACUCAUGGCUUGGGCUUAGUGCAUGGCCAGCAUCCAUGUUAGGGCAGUAGCCUACCAAGGAUCAGGGCAUGUUCCUGUGGCACUGGCAGUACCUCUGCCACGUGUGAUCUGGGCUGGACUUUGCCUGAUGGGGCACUGCCCUGGGCACAGUCCUGCCACAAGAACCAGUACUGCCCUGGCACAGUCCUGGCAAAGGAGCCAGCUGAUCCCAAGGUUGUGGAGGCUGCCAGCAGGGACGACAGCCAGUUCUGCUGUCUGGACCCACUGUCGGCCAUGGAGCAGGAGGAUGCAAUCAGGCAGGGGCUGGGAAGUCUCCAUGGCAUUCCCCUCUUCAAGAGCUUCAUUGAGGGCUGGCCACAGGUGAAGGCUUUCCAAGCCCGUCCAGAUGACUUGCUCAUCUCCACCUACCCCAAAUCAGGCACCACGUGGCUGAGUGAGAUCAUGGACAUGAUCUACCACGAUGGCAACGUGGAGAAGUGCCGACGGGAUGCCAUCUACAACCGUGUGCCCUUCCUGGAAAUGAAGGUCUUCAAGGGUCCGAGUGGCGUUGAGCAGCUGGAGAACACCCCAUCCCCACGGCUUGUAAAGACCCAUCUCCCAGUCCAGCUCCUCCCAACCUCCUUCUGGGAGAAGGACUGUAAGAUUAUCUACAUGGCCCGCAACCCCAAGGAUGUUGUCAUCUCAUACUACUACUUCCACCUGAUGGCCAAGGUACACCCUGACCCUGGCACGAUGGCUGAGUUCUUGGAGAACUUCAUGGCUGGCAAAGUGGCCUACGGGUCCUGGUACGACCAUGUGCGUGGAUGGUGGGAGAAGAAGCAGGAGAAGAAGAUACUCUACCUCUUCUAUGAGGACAUGAAGAAGGACCCACGGCGGGAGGUGCAGAAGAUCUUGCAGUUCCUGGGCAAGGAGUUGGCAGAGGAAACAGUGGAGAGGAUCCUGCACCACACCUCCUUCCAGGAGAUGAAGAAGAACCCUGCUGCCAACUAUGAGACCAUGACCUUCACGCUGAUGGAUCACAGCCUCUCCCCCUUCCUCCGGAAAGGGAUCACUGGAGACUGGAAGAACCACUUCACUGUGGCCCAGAAUGAGCGCUUUGACCAGCACUACCAGGAGCACAUGGCAGGCUCUGACCUCCACUUCCAGAUGGAGGGGUACAACCAAAGCCUGAACCCCACAUCCCGCUCGCAAGCCCCACGUCGGUGUGAGGAGCUGGGGACGUCCACGCAGGUGACUCUUGGACCAGGACAGGCACGGACAGCUCAUCACAGGCAUCUGGGGACCGUCCUCAUCCCCGCUCGCCCCUUCCCUGCACUCCUCCCACCGCAGCACCGGGACCAGGUCGCUCCAGGCUCCUGUCCCAGCGGUGUCCCCCGCCUCCCUGCGCCUCCAUCUUCCAUGCAGGGGAAGGAAAUUAACAAAUCCCGCCCAGUGAGCGGCGGGCAAAGUUUUGCCUCCUCCCUGCCAGAGCACCCGGAAAAGAGGAUGGCUGAUUCGGACACCACCUACCUGCGGCAGCCCUGGCGCACCGUGCACGGCAUCCCCAUGGUCUGCGCCUUUGCCCACAACUGGGAACGGAUUGACACCUUCCAGAGCCGCCCUGAUGACAUCGUGGUGGUCACCUUCCCCAAAUCUGGCACCACCUGGGUCAGUGAGAUCGUGGACAUGGUCCUGAAAGGCGGUGACCCAGAAAAAUGCAAGCAGGAUGACAUUGUGAACCGGGUGCCCAUGAUGGAGUGUGCUGCCCCUGGGAAGCUCCCAGCAGGCGUAGAGCAGCUGGAGACCAUGCCAUCCCCUCGCAUCAUCAAGACCCACAUCCCAGCUCACAUCUUGCCCAAAUCCUUCUGGGAAAAUGGCUGCAAGAUGAUCUAUGUGGGGCGCAACGCCAAGGACGUGGCUGUCUCCUACUACCACUUUGACUUGAUGAACAAGUUCCACCCACAUCCCGGAACAUGGGCCCAGUACCUGGAGGAGUUCAUGGCUGGCAGAGUGGCAUAUGGUUCCUGGUAUGAUCACGUCAAGGGCUACUGGGAGCGCAGGAAGGAUCACCCCAUUCUCUACCUCUUCUACGAGGACUUGAAGGAGGACCUCCGCCGGGAGAUUGCCAAGGUGGCCCAUUUCCUGGGGCAGAAGCUGUCGGAGGCGGCGCUGGACACCAUCACCCAACACACUUCCUUCGAGUCCAUGCGGGACAACCCUGCCACCAACUACAGGCAGGCACCCUCUGACAUCAUGGACCACAGCGUGUCCCCCUUCAUGCGCAAAGGCAUCACGGGAGACUGGAAGAACCACUUCACCGUGGCCCAGAACGAGCGCUUUGACCAGGACUACGCACAGAAGAUGUCAGGCACCGACCUGUGCUUCCGCACUGAGAUCUGAGGAGACACUGCCAGACCCCCCCCCCCAAAUCUGCAGCUGUGAUGGCACUGCUAUCACAGUGCUGCCGUUCCUUCCUCUCCCCUGGCACUGCUGGAGAGAAAUAAAAUGUGCUCCCUGACUCUGCCAUGGGGUGCUCACUG